AGUGGUUCAACCGCACAGGCGAGCGCUGGAUUGUGAAAACCUUCUUCUUAUUGGCUGUUUUCAUCACAAGCUGGAAUCGAUAUCCAAUCACCGUUAAUGUAACUUGGAAACUCUUAUCAAACAGGACUCUCCAUUUGCGAGGGUGACCGCGUCUGUUAAACUGUGUUUAUUAGUUCCGAAAUUCGUGGAAUUUUUUUUUUUUACAUACCUGUUUUUGUGACAGUUUAUGACAUGGCGACUUCAAAAGUAUUGCUGUCUGUUUUGAAAGGAAAAUGUGCUGAUCUCGGACUGAAAUGUUUUUCCACGUCAUCAGUGCAACACAAGAAAUCCUACAAGUUGGUGGUCGUCGGGGGCGGUGCUGGAGGGUGUAGCACGGCGGCAAAAUUCGCUUCAAAGCUCGGCAAGGGGCAGGUCGCAGUUAUUGAACCCAGUGACACACACUACUACCAACCACUAUGGACUUUGGUAGGCGGAGGGUUAAAGUCGUUCAGUCAAUCGAACCGACCAAUGGGAAGCGUCUUACCAAGAGACUGUGAGUGGAUCAAAGACAGGGCGGUGUCGUUUGACCCGGAGAACUGUACCGUGACCACGUCAAACGGACAACAGGUGAACUAUGAGUACCUUGUAAUAGCAGUGGGAUUACAGUUGAACUAUCACCAUAUCAAAGGUUUACCUGAAGCGUUUGAAGUUGACAGUUCCCUCUGUUCAAACUACAGCAGACAAACGGUUAUCAAGACUUUCCCAGCACUACAGGCAUUCAAGGGAGGUAAUGCAAUCUUCACCUUUCCCAACACACCUAUCAAGUGUGCAGGAGCUCCGCAGAAAAUCAUGUACUUGGCUGAACAUUACUUCAGAAAGGCUGGUAUAAGAGAGAACACUGACGUUAUUUACAACACGUCACUGAAUGUGAUAUUUGCCGUGAAGAAAUAUGCAGAUCGUCUGCUGGAAGUCAUCAAAAACAGAAACAUCAAUGUGAACUACCAGAGAAGUCUUAUUGAAGUUCGGCCAGACAGGAAAGAAGCCGUGUUCGCGAAACUCAACAGUGACAGUGGAGAGACCGAAACGUUCCACUAUGACUUUAUGCACGUGACCCCGCCAAUGUCUGCACCGGACCCACUGAAAGCAGCGAAGAAACUGGUGAACGAGGCCGGCUUCCUGGACGUGAACCAAUACACACUGCAGCACACCAUGUACCCCAACAUUUUCGGCAUCGGCGACUGUACCAACGUGCCAACCUCCAAGACAGCUGCUGCCGCAGCAUCUCAGGGUUUUGUUCUCUCUCACAGUUUGGCAGCACAGAUGGCUGGGCAACCUAUACAUCCUGGUCCAUCCUACGACGGCUACACGUCUUGCCCUCUCAUCACAGGAUAUGGAAAGUGUAUCAUGGCGGAGUUUGACUUCGAUGCCCAGCCCCUGGAGACGUUUCCUUUCGACCAGGGCAAGGAGCGACUCAGCAUGUACCUCGUGAAGAAAGACCUCCUGCCCAAGAUCUACUGGAACCUCAUGUUGAAUGGACAGUGGAACGGUCCGAAGGCUUACAGAAAGAUGAUGCGGCUCGGCUUUGACACGGGAUCCAAACACAUUCCCACAACGCCCAGCCUCAAGGUUUAAUCACGGGCCACAGUCAUGAUGGAAGUACGCAAGCUGGAACAAACCCACCUGCUGUGUGCAUAACAUUUUCACCUGAUGGGAAAGGUGGGGGAAAGUGUACAAUUUUGAAAAUAAAUGUCAUUCCAUU